UGGUAGACCAAUGAUCUUACGGAAGUGAUUGAAAAUAAACAAACCUAUCAUAUAACUAAAGAAGAUAUUUUCAUAUAACUCAUGAUCUUAUUCAUUCGUUGUUCAAUUAAAAUUGAAUGAAUUAGCAAAUAAAAUUUCACUUUGUGAAAGUUGUAUUAUAAAAGUUUUUUAUUGAAAAGAGAUGUCAUUAACUUUUCAACAAAUUAUAUUGGAUGCUAAAAAGUUAGUUAUUAAAAUAUCAGAUCAUGAAAAUACAGCUGAUAAUUUGAUAAGUGAAAUAGAAUCAGUUUGUAGCCAAAUUGCUAACAUGAAACAGUAUCAGGAAGAAGUAGAAAUUUUGAACACUGAAGCAAAACAAAGACCACAUAUACAAUUAAUCUCAGGAAUACAAAGAGAGGUCAAACAUUUACAAGAACUACAAGCUGAAAAUAAAGAAUUAAAGAAAGCAUUAGAAGAUCAUCAUCAUGCUCUUGAAUUAAUUAUGUCUAAAUAUAGGCAACAAACAGCAUCUUUAUUACGUCUCUGUAAAACAGAUCUUUCGUCAUUACAUAAUGCAAAAUAUGCUAAUAUAAUAACCAAUCAAGCAGAAAAAAUAAAUGAAAUGGCAGCAGUAAUGAAAACUGCAGUAGCUUUAGAUGAGGAAAAUGAAAUGAGAGAAAAAGAAAUAUAUAGUAGUUUAAAAGUAGAAAAUACUACAUUACGAGAAAUAGUUAAUAUUGCAAAUAAAUAUUGCUCCUUAAACAAGGAAACUGAUGUAGAGAGUAAAACUGUACAAACAGAUCCAAUAGUAUAUUAAAAGAAAUUUGUAAUUUAUAUUUCUCUUAUAUAAAUUUCAUAUUAUUUAUUUCAUAUUUUAUAACAUAAAUAAUGUUAGAAAAAAAAUGUAUUACUUAUAUACAAUAAAAUACACAUGUAAAAUAUGAUUUA